UGGCCCAAAUAAUCUAAUUCGAUGUUAGUCUCUUUCCCAGAAACCCUAGUGUUCUUCACCAUCUUAUAAUCUCCUCCAUAACCCUAAAAAUGGAGCUUAGACAGAGAAACACCAGAAAAACCAGAGUGUCGAGAGGGACAAAAUGGUGUCAGGCUCAGGAAUCUGCGCAAAGAGAGUGGUGGUGGACGCAAGGCACCACAUGCUCGGUCGAUUGGCGUCGAUCGUAGCUAAGGAGCUUUUGAAUGGUCAGAAAGUGGUCGUGGUUCGAUGCGAGGAGCUUUGUAUUUCGGGAGGUCUAGUGAGGCAGAAGAUGAAGUACUUGAGGUUUCUCCGUAAGCGAAUGAACACGAAGCCUUCCCAUGGUCCCAUUCACUUCCGUGCUCCCGCUAAGAUCUUCUGGCGUACAGUUCGUGGAAUGAUCCCACACAAGACUAAGCGUGGUGCAGCUGCACUCGAGAGAUUGAAGGCCUAUGAAGGUGUUCCUGCGCCAUAUGAUAGGACCAAGAGGAUGGUGAUCCCUGAUGCUCUCAAGGUGUUGAGGUUGCAAAAGGGCCAUAAAUAUUGCUUGUUGGGAAGGUUAUCAUCAGAGGUUGGAUGGAACCAUUAUGACACCAUCAGGGAACUUGAAAAGAAGAGGAAGGAGAAGGCUCAGCUGUCAUACGAAAGGAAGAAGCAACUGAAUAAACUUAGGUUGAAAGCUGAAACUACUGCAGAUGAGAAAUUAGGUUCCCAACUAGACAUUAUUUCUGCUGUCAAAUACUAAUUAUUUACCAGAAAAACUAGUUAGGUACCUCCAAUUUUGUCAGGUCUCUGAGUUUCAUCCAUUGAUUUCAUAUUUUUAUUAUUUUUUUUUAAAUGAACGGCCACCUUGAUAUCUUUUGUUAUUUAGUGUAGAAUUUUUCUUUCAUAUCUAUUAAUUUACACUUUCAUUUACUACUCAAAAGUCAGAACACAGCUCUUUGGUUUUGUGGUCUUUAAUUCUUCAUUAAAGAAAAGCUCCAAACUUUGUUUUUAUGAUCAUCUAUUCCUAUUGAACUUUAUCACCA